UGUUUUCACUUCCCUUCGAAUAUGCGUAUGCGAAUAUGCGUAUGCGAAAAUGCGUAUGCAUAUAUGCAUACGCCACGUGUGCAACCAUUUUUUAUUUUCGAGUCAACUUAUUAAACUAAGAUGGAUCACUGGGACAUCCAUUGUCGAACAAAUGGCCCCCAAGGCAGCAUUGAAGUAGGCGCAUUUCACAUGCGUGAAGACUGUGAGUCUAGUACAUCUGGUGUGGUACGUGCUAGUGGGACUGACAUCACGGUGAUAAGCCCUAGCUCAAGCCCUAGCUCAAGCCCAGAGAUUGCACAAACUAGUGACCAUGGAAGUGUACCGAAACAGUCCCCUCAAGUUCAAGUGGAGUAUUCAUUGAAGAUCAUUAACCGUCUUAUUCCAGGUGGUGCCGUGGAACGGUUCUCAGCAAGUGUCUUUCAUAGCAAACAAGAAUUGGAGGAGAAAAUUAUGUGUACUUUGGAAUCUGAGAAGCUCAUUAAAAGUACUGAUGGUGUACAGUUUGGCUACAUAAUGCCUGGUCAUGGUUUCAAAGGAAAGCAGCAACUAGUUGAUAGUGAUGCUGAUGUGGCAACAAUGUAUGACUCCUACAAAAAGAAAACCCCUAUAAUCAUUUGGGCAAAGAUAAAAGCACAUGCUCGAAAGCGCCUCUCUAUUUCUGAUGUCAGUUCUGGUGUACCCCCAAAGAAGAAAAAGCCUGAAGAGGACAAAAACAAACCUGCCCGUCAUUCAAGCUACCAAGGCCAUUUGUUGAAAAUGGCUGAAGUUGACUCUAUUGUUGAUGAGCUAGAGGAAAAACACACUUCUAGAGAGUUUAGUCCUGAGCAACUUCGAGCCUGGGCUCAUAUGAUUCAGCUAAACAAGCACGUAUCAUAUGACGAGCCUCCAGACAAGCCAUUCUUUCGCCAAUCAAAGUUGAAGAAACGAUCUAUAUCUGAGCCUCAAGGAAUAUCACCUGCCAAACGAAUCACACUGAGGUCUGAAUGCAUUGAUCAGCUUGAGAAAUGGCACAAACUGAUGGAGCUAGGUGCUAUUACACAAGAUCAAUAUGUAGAGUAUAAGGAUACAAUCAUGAGUGAUAUCAAGAAGUUUUGAGUGUAAUAUUAAAGCAAGAACAUUGUAAAGUAAUCAUGCUUAUGCAUAUCCACUAUCACUUAUCCAACCUACACAUUGUUCUUUUGUGAUGUUGUCAAAAGCUGACUGAAUAAUACUUUGAGGGUCAUCUGUUGUCUGAUAUAGUUCGUCAUGAUCUUUAAUGAAGUACUUUACUGAACUAAAGGUUUCCUCUAUUGGAUUAAGGUCUGGGCUGUAUGGAGGCAGAAACAUAACUAGUAUUCCAGCAUCCUCAAGUAGCUCGAUGACUUCCGGCACAUGGUGAAUGGAACAAUUGUCCAGGACUAUCACUGACUUGCUGCUUGAACCAUCAAAUGGGUUCAUGUUGGGUAUCAGAGUUCCUCUAAGAAAAUCGAAAAAUUUGUCUCCAUUAAAAGUUCCCGUAGUGAGUUCGACUCCAAGUAGCCCUUCAGAGCAAAUAGCAGCAAGUGCAGAGAUUCUAAUUCCACGUACUAGGAAGCGAUGACAUACUGGGGGUAAGCCUUUCAGUGAGUACCCAAAUUUCCUUAAUGAUUGGCGCUUAUCGCUUCCAGUUUCGUCAAUCCAUACAAAUUGUUCUUUCCUAAAGAGCAAUGCAUGUGCUAAGAAGUCAGCUCUAUACUGAACGCUUCUUUGCUUGGCAAUAUACUGAAUUUUCUUUCUUGUGAAUCCAUUCCUCUUCAUAACACGGCACACUGUAGCUUCAGAUACUAUCACUCCAGUUGCCUCUUUAAUUAUGCUGCGUAUCUCUCUCAGAUAAGUACAAGGAUUUUCAGAUAUUAUGCCAAUGAUCAGUAGCUCAUGAUAAUCAUCUAAGUGCCUGGUUUGUGGCCGAAGAGGUUGAUUUUUGGCAACCACGUCUCCUGACAUUUUAAAUCGAGAAAAAAUUCUGUGAGCAGUACUUGAAGCAAUUUGCAAGCGAGCUCCUAUCUCUUUGUAAGAGAGGUUCAUUCCAAUGUGCUGCCAUACAACUCUCCAACCAAUGUCAGCUGAAUAUGCAGCUUUCCUCCCAGGUUCAGCAGACAUCUUCGAUUUUUAAAAUUCCCGUGUACGGUACAAUGUAGCCUCGAAUCCAGGCGUAUUUUAAUCGGCCUGGUCUCGAGGCUAGGUACAACGGCGCGUGGGCAGGGUAGAUACGCCGUACAAUACGGACUACGGAUAUUCGAAGGGAAGUGAAAUCAAC